AUGUGUCGUAAAUGCAAUAAAAAACACAAUACACUUCUUCAUUUCGAACAGAAGUCAAAUGACGUGAAGCAAUCCACUUCUACUGAAAAACCGUCCACGAGUAGUUACCACAUACGUGUAACAUCUCAAGUUUAUUUAGCAACUGCCAUUGUCGACGUCAUUGACAAUCAAGGUAAUUAUCAACCCUGCCGUGUUAUGUUAGACGGGGGGGCUCAAUCGUGUACAAUAACUGAGGCUUGCGCAUCUCGCUUAGGAUUGCAUAAAAAACAUUUUGAAAUUCCAAUGUUAUCAGUUGAUGAUAUGAAGACAAACAUUAAAUUCAGAACAUUUGCCACAGUUAAAUCAAGAUUUAAUGAUCAAAAAUCCAAUUUAGAACUUUUAGUUGUCCGCACGAUUUCAAAUGCAAUGCCAUCAUUUCCAUUAGACAAGAACGCUUUUGAACUCCCUGACAAUAUCUUUUUAGCCGAUCCAAUGUUCCAUAAACCUGCUCCCGUCGAGAUCAUAAUCGGCGCCGAGUAUGUUUAUAACUUUUUGCUCGCAGGAAAAUUGAGUAUCCCGGGGCAUACAGCAGUCUUACAAAAAACCAUUUUGGGAUGGAUAAUCGCGGGUAGAGUCUACGAUUCACAAGGGAUUCAGAAUGUAGGUACAAAGUCAUCAGUUUGCAGUUUCAUUCAGCACACAAGUUUACCCCUUUUAUGGGAAUUAGAUCAAGUGCAGCCUUCCUCCAAGCGUUCUAAGGAAGAGCAGGCCUGUGAGACUCACUUUGUAGAGCACGGUCAGCGUGACGACAGCGGUCGUUACAUAGUCCACCUCCCAUUCAACGAAAAGGUCCAUCAAAUCGAUGAAUCUAAACAUAUUGCGUUUCAGCGUUUUUAUUCUAGCGAAAGAAAAUUCGAAAAAGAUCCGUCAUUGAAGGAUCAUUAUUCAGCUUGUCUCAAUAAUUAUUUAGAUGAGGGCCACAU